UUGGCUUAUUUUUAGCAGCAGCUUCCUAGUCGCUCAUUGGUCGCCAGGUGGCGCCAGUGAGAAGAAGCUGGUUUCAGUGGUGACAUGAAUUCUCCUUCCUGUGGAAGGAAUGUAGGUGGGGGGUGUUCACAUUGCACAUUCCUGGGCCGCCCGGCGUCAUCACAUUGCGUCCUGUCUGUUGAAUCUCAGAGAAGGGGCAGGAGGAGGCUAUUGCCUCUACUUGUGGCACCCUAGCCAUGGCUACUGUGGUUACUGAAUUCGGCAUGCGAACUACUCGACUUAUUCCUGGCAAAUGUGAAUGGAACCAUAAUAAAUAUAUAGAGGUUCCUGUCAUUGACAUAGUUCAUAAAGUGGAUCCAGUUGGUUAUUGGCUUUCUCAUUCCUAUGAAGAGAUGAAAAAGAACUGUGAUUUAAUGAAAAUCUAUAUGUUGUGGCCGAUCCUGAUGACCAAUGAUGAAACUAAUGAACAUCCAUACCCAUCCCGUGUUUUUUCAACAGUAGAUAUGAGUAUGAAUGACUUGGAUUACAUGGAAUUAUUAGAGGAUCUUGCUGACCUAUUUAAGAAAGUAGCGAGUGAUCGCCACUUAAUUAUCAAUUUACUGAAAAUAGGAAAUAAAAUGGACAUAGUUACAGCAUCUGCUGUGACAGAUGCAAUACAUUGGGUACAUACGACUGGAGACCAAGUAGUGUUUAAAAAAAUCAUGGAAUCCCACGAACGGCACCGGGGAGUCGCCCUUUUCACCUUCUUUUACCAAUAUUCCUUCUUAUUGACCAAGAUGGGCGAGGAGUGCUGUACGCUGACCGAUAAAGUUAAAAUGCAUGCGUGUGAUAAAUGUGAUGAGGAAUGUGAAAGGAUGAAGCUUCACGGGAAUAUUUUUUUUGAGAAACGACAGUACAUCCAAGCCAUCGAGUUUUACACUACAGCUAUGCAGUACAGUCCCCAUAACCAUUUCUUGUUCAGUAAUCGGGCGCUCUGUUUUAUCCGCCUGCAGGACUAUUGGAAUGCUCUAUUUGAUGGGAAGAAAGCGAUUGUACUUAAGAACACCUGGCCAAAGGGCCACUAUCGCUUUUGUGAAGCCCUUUUCUUACUUGGGGAAAAAGAACGUGCAGUGUUGUCCAAUAAAAAGGCGCAGGAGCUAUGCAGAUGUUGUCCAGAUGGGAUCCGUAACCUAAUCCAGCAAAAUGCCACAUUCAUCCAAGACAUGGAGGCGGCAACAGGAAUGAAAGUCAAGAAAAAUUCUAAAAAGAAACGUGCCAGUGAGAAAAAGACUGCAGCACAUUUCACACCUGUUGUAGAAAACAAAGACGCUAAGGAGGCACCGAGCAAAACAGAAGACAUUACUGAUAAGGAAUGUACCACUGAAUGUAACACAGGAAUUAAAGAAUGUUCAGAAAACCUGCCCAGUCCACAGCCCAAAAAAGGAAAAUCCAAGGGAAAGGGGAGUGAUUCUGAGAAAUUAAGGAUUUCUAAUCCAAUCAGUGAAAUCCAAAAGACUUCAUCUGCUGCUCCUUCACAGGUUGAUUUAGCCAACGUUCAGGAUACAGUGAAGUCCCUUGUGCGGGAAGCCUAUGAAGCACUAAAUGACAAGCGCUGUCGCAAUGCAGAGGGAAUAUUCUCUAAGCUCCUGGACAUCCUGGAACGAGGUGACCUCCAGAGUUUACAUCUAACAAAGCUGGAUUAUGUAGUCCUUCUAUAUGGACAGGCGAAUGCACUGCUCGGUAUUGGACAAUGCGUGGAAUUGGGAAAAGCCGAAAACCAGUUCAAGGGGAUUAUACAGCACCAUUCCAAGGAGAGGUUUAACUCUCUGGCUUUUUAUGGAAUUGGCAAUGUAUAUUUAAGGCAAAAUCGGUUUUCUGAUGCAUUAAAUCAAUAUAUUAAGUCAAAGACCAUGGUGAAUCAUAAGAUGGUUCCUGGUGUUUUAACUUGGCCAACUACCUCUUUUGUCAUUGAAGAAACUAGGCCUGAAAAAUUACAGGUUCUCCUAGAUAAUGCCAUUGAAGAAUGCAAGUUUCCACCUAAGCCAGAUGCCAUAUGUCGCUAUGAGCAGUGUUUAAGUUUGCCUAAACCUCAGAUAUAUUUCUCAGACCCUGACUUUAAGGGCUUUAUACGCAUGGUAUGCUGCCAGUUCUGUAGAGUUGAAUUUCAUGUUUGCUGUUGGAAAAAAAUGAAGGCCACGUUGUAUUCUGAUAAAAAUGACAAGGAUUUCCUGAAAUAUACGUGUCUCACUCCAGACUGCAGAGGAUUAAUUUCUCAUAUUGUAAUAUUUGACCAUAUGGCACAAGUGAAGUGUGAGUUUGAAGAUAAAACCUUGAAAAAGAGAGAACCACAGAAACCAACAGCAAAACAUAAAGUCACCAGCAGCAAAAGCAAUAAAAUAAAGCAUGAACAUAAAACUGAGCGCAAGAAAGCUAUAGAGGAGGAAUCUGUAGGAAAUUCUGAUGACAGUAAAAAACAUCCCCAUGAAUCGAGCCUAUCUGACACUGUCGUGACUAAUGGUUACCCAGUCAAGUGGGAUCCUUUGUUGGCACAAGUAGUAAAAAAGGAGGGUCUGAUAAUACGUGGAUGUCCAACGUUCUUUACAAGUUUUUGGGACUCUGUAUGUGUGUGGAGUAUUAUAAGUCAAGAGAAGCUGGAGCAGCUGGACAAGAAUAGCGGUGCACUUGCCAGUAGUAAAAUGAAGAGUUUUCUUACCUAUCUGUACAAGUUAAAUGAUAGGGUGAAAACCAGAGUAUUUCUUUAUUUGCUGCACUUGCAGGAAGAACUUAAAACCAUUAAUCUGCGUGACUGGCUUCAUAUAGUAAAUAAUAAAGGUUUGGAAGCCGCAAUAGAAUUUCGAGACCGUAAUAAAGAAUGUCUGAAAAACAUUAAGGCAGAGAAUGUAGUAAAUUUGUGGAAUGAAACCUAUGGAAAGAGCCUAAAGUAUAUGAUAGACUGUUCUUCUGUCAGUCUGUUUGAUCUGCUCACUAGUAUGGAUAUAGAAAUAUUCCGGUGUUUCUUAUGGCUUCUUGAAGAAAACAAGCAUAUCGUGUCAGAGUAUGGGCUGGACAAAGAGUUGGAUAAAUAUUUUCAAGAGAUGGAUAUACCAAGAGUUCAAGUACCCAAGAAUUCAUUAGAACUUAACAAUUAUAAUAGUAUGAAACUAAAAAUGAAGCUUAAGAAAAAGAAACGGAAUCAACCUGUAAAGCCAACGUACAAGCUGUCCGGAGCGGUCAGUACUAGAUCACAGGAUGAGGAUAUUUUUACUGAAGAAAAUACCUUAAGCCUUUUGGACCCCAAUGAGCCUUUUUUGGUCCCAGAGUCAUUGCAAAGUGAUAUAGAUGAGUUUGAAGCCCUCUAUGGGAGUCAGAUGAGUUUAUUUGGACACCUUUACAGUGCGAUGGAGGCCAGGGAGCCAAUCAGGGAAACCCUCUAUGAGUACUUCUCUCAGAUUUUAGAGGAACACGGUCCCUUGAAAAUAGAUGAUGAACGAUUGAUAAGAGAAUAUAAAGAAUUUCCAGAGGAAACCCACAGGAUGGUUGACGCAUCUGGGGGUCUUGAGAAUUUUCUGUUGCAGUCAGAUGACUUUACCAUUGUGGAAGACAUGAUUGCCCUUUCUCCUCUCUAUUAUAUACCAUUUAGACAACAAGAAGAGAAAUGUCAUCUGAAUCCCACCGCAGAGGAAUUCAAGCCGUCCUUUACUCCUCUUGUAUAUAAUAAUGCAGACCCAAAUUGUGAUAGCAGCCAGGUUGAUUAUAUGUCUACUGACUCUGGUGCCACUGAAUGUCAUGAGCGUCCAGACUUUUAUAGGGACUUGGAUCGAAAUUAUCAAAAAUUUGCUGAACCAUUCAACAGCCCUCACCUUAGGACUUUACCUGGUUCAGAGUUUGACCUGAUAGAGAAUCACUCAUUUGAACAUCCUGUCCUAGAUGACGAUUUGGAUGAAGUACAUAGCUCAACUAGCAAUGGGUCUGGGGCAUCUAGUAUAGAGGAAGAAGAAGAAGAGUAUGAGGAGGAGGAGGAGGAAGAUGAUAAUGAGGAUGAUGAUGAUGAUACAGUUCCUGAACCAAGUACUGAAUUAAGCCAAGAUAAAUCAUAUACAGAAAAAUCAGAUCAGAGCAACUAUAUGGUCCCAUGCAUGAAAGAAAUACGGCCUAAAUAUAUUCAGACCGCUAUUGUAUCAGUGCAGGUUGACACAGAAUAUUCUCAUCAUGAAGUUAAUACUGAACCUUUCCAACCCUUCGAGACACAGCAGGGGGAUAUUUUGCGUAUGGAAAAAGAACAUGUAGUACUGAGCGACCAGCUGCAGGAGGCUACCGACAAGUACAACAAUUUGCAAGGCCGCUACCAGGAGGAAAUAACAAUCCUGGAAGAGCUGAUACGUAAGACUGCAGAAAGCAGUAAGAUUGCAAAGACAGAACUAGUUUGGCUCCAGCAGGAAUAUGAAAACGAGACCAAGAAGUGGCAGCAGGAGAAGAAAGAAAACCAAGAAAAGUUAAAGGCUCUAAAGAACAAAAUAAAAACUAUUACAGAAGCGAAUGAGAAACAUUCAAGAGGUAUAGAAGAGAAGAAAAAGCAGUAUGAAGUCUAUAUAGAGGAGUUUGCAACGAUACACUGCAGUAAAUUUGAAAGCGAAAAAGCAAAGUUGGAAAGACAUAUUACUAAGCGUGAGACAGACAGAGAGGAAGCUACACAAAGGGCUGCUGUGGCCGAGGCUAUGGUUAUGGAAAACACAAAACAAGCUGAAAUGUUAAAACUUCGAUUGAAAGCCUCUAAUGCUGAACAAAGCAUCAAAAUGUUAAAACCACUGGCUAACAGUAAUCCAGCCUCUUUAGAACAAAUUGCCACCAUGGAGUCUUAUCUGUCAAAGCUAAGGAAAGAAAUGGAUAAGCUGCAGUCUGAGUUUGAUGAAAAAAUUAGCUCUAUGAAAAAAAGUCUGAAGUUGAGCCCUACUGCCAAAAACCUGCCAACUACCGCUGUGUCCCCUGCAGCAUGUGCGUCCCCUGUAACCAUUAAGCCCAGUCCAUCGCCCGUGAAACCGUCUAAUCCGGUUCCUGUCAAAUCUCCUGGAAAGAAAACUGCUGCCAGUAAAAAAGGCCAACAUAAAGCCGUCAAUAAGCCUCCAACACUUCCUACCUCUAAUAGUCAGAAACCCAAGACCCCGACUCCUUCACCAGUAAAACUUGCCGGGGCAGCGGGCCCUGACGCGAGGGCAAAUGGGCAGCCGUCUCCAUCUGCUAAACCUACCUUAUUUGAUAAGAUCAUCAAGGAGCUCCAUGACAUAUUUCCUCAUUAUAAAAGUGCUGAACUCACCGGCUUUAUCAAGGAUUUCCGUGUCCGAAAUAACAGCACUCUAUCUGGUUUGUCGCAUGAAGAAAUUAUUUGUAGGGUGACAGAACACAUACUGGACUGCCAGGCCAAGAGCCCACCGCCCGCAGCCUCCCAGAACAUAACUGGACUGAACGUGUCUAAUUCCGGAUUUGCUGUGGCACAGCCUUCUCCACCUCCACCUCAGCCAAAGCAGCCGUGGAGGGUGGUCACCGGAGGAGCGAAAAACAAAUGGAAGAAUUCUGAUGAUUUAGAGUCUUUUGGUGAAGACCCCUGUAUAAUCUGCCAUGAUGAGUUGAAACAGUUCCCAGUACACAAGCUGGACUGUGGUCACUACUUCCACAAGCAUUGCAUCAAGACCUGGCUCCACACCCAGAGCACUUGUCCAACCUGUCGCGAACACGCUCUGCUGCCAGAAGACUUCCCGGUCCUCGCAGGAAGGAUGAGAAAUGCGUAGCGCGUACAAUACCGGUUUAAUGGCGAAAAAACCCACAAAGGCCUUCUGUAGACAUGAAUUGCAACCUAACACCCUAGUUCUGUCUGCAGCUUUUACUUAUGUCCACAUGUAGCGUAAAUGUUGUCUAUUUUACAUCUGGGUUUCUGCACAGGAAAUGUAAAGUGGAUGAGGAUUUUUAAAGCCGCAGUUGAUCAAUUUCUGAAAUUUUGUAGAUUUUCCCUAUUGACUUUAGUGCAAUCAAAUCCGUUAUGUUGCAGAUUUUGCUUCAAACAGUAGUGUUUUCCAAACAGUGUGUCUCCUGUUGUUGCUAAACUACAACUCCCAGCAGCCUUUGGCUGUCCGGGCAUGUUGGGAUUUGUAGUUUUGCAACAGCUGGAGACACACUGUGAAAAACACUAAUGUACAGGGCUGCCCCUGGGCACAGGAGCUGAAGCAGCUAUACAACAACAGUGUGUCUCCAGCUGUUGCAAAACUACAACUACCGGAUAGCCAAUUUCAUUUAUUUUUCUUAACAUCUACCACUGCAGAAAAUGGACAACUAAAUCGGCAGAAUUCGAAUCUACUAUGGAAUUACCCAAAAUUCAGAAUUUUCAAAAGUAGUGUGUAAUUAUACUUGUUAAUGCUUUUGUCUGUCUUUAGUUUACAGUGUCUCUUAUCAGUGGGUCCUGUUGACCUUCUAUCAUUUGUGCCAAUUUGGGCUCGCAUAUCCACAGUCUCAUUUGCCCAGUGCUAGAGAUGGGAGGGCCUGACAGAAAAAAAAAAAUUUGUGGAAAAGGUUUUUUGUUUUUUCCCCAAAGCCUUUUCUAUUUUUGGGUUGAAAAAAAAAAUGGCGUAGGGAAUAAGUGUUGUGUUUUUUUUAAUUAUGAUAUUUAUAACAUGGUGGUUAAACUAUAACAUUUAGACCCUCAUAAGACAUCUGAGAAUCUUUGCAUUAGUUUUUAGGUUUUCACCUGAAGACAAAUAAAUCCAGGAAUACGAUUCUUAAUACUGAGAGUGCAAUUUAUAAAGAGUAGCAAUAUGCAUUUCUGUCUCUAGGGGUUUAGUUUGGUUGUGGCUGGGCUCCAUCUUGUUGGUAUUAUAGUAGUUUAUUGUUUCUGUUCUCAGAUCGGCCGUAAUUGACAUUUAUUAUCUGAUUUCCAUUAAUGUUCUCCCCCCAUCACAGAUAGUUAUUUGACUCAUCCCCUCCCAGAAUCAAAGAUAAUAUCCCCCCCCAUUGCAGAUAACGUUCAUUCCACAUUCCAGAUAACGUUCUCCUCACCCCAUCCCAAAUAACGUUCUCCUCCUCCCCCACAUACCGUUCUCCUCCCCCCCCCCCACAUACCGUUCUCCUUCCCUCCAUCCCACAUACCGUUCUCUCCCCCCCCCCCCCCCCCCAAAUCCCAGAUAACGUCCCAUCCCCCCCAUCCCAGAUAACAUUUGCCUAUUUUCUGGCUGACUAGUUCAUUGGUUUUUCCUUUUCGUCCUCUGACACCAACAUGCAGCAUUGAAAUUUAUUUUUAUUUUGUAAAACUACUCCACUGAAUUUUUUGUUUAAAAAUUUUCUCAACAUUAACCCCCCCCCCCCCCUCCCCCUUCAUUGGGGAACACCUAUACUGAUGGGUUUAUGCUCUUGCCACUAGGAGGCGCUGACACUAGGAAAAGUCGGCUCCUCCCUGGCAGGAUAUACCCGCCCACUGGAAGUGAUAUGAUCAGUUCUAGCUAGUGUCAGUAGGAGGCAAGACCCAAGUCUUGGAGCUCCCCAGGCCUGGUCUUUUUUUUUUAUUAAUAAUUUUCUAGUAAGGGCUGGGGGGUGGGGGUGGGGGGCCGGGUCCGGAGCAUGGCACUACCUGUUCCCCCAUAUGCGACAAAGGGGCACAGACAGAGUAUGUACUGUCAAUCCCUUCUUGCCAAUGGCCAGCACCUGGAGGUUGUAACCUGGGUCUGGGACCCCCACUGCCUCGCUAUCUUAGCCUGGUAUGAUGCAGCGUGGCCAUAAGCUGGGUGAGUGUAUGAAGAUGGAGCCUGUUGGUGAGUAUGUCUAAAAUCCUCCACCCCCCUCCUUCUCCCCCUUCCCUUCUGUACUCUGCUAGGGUUUCUCCAUCCUGAGGUCCCUUUUCCCCAGCGCCGGCUCCUCAGCCACCAUUACACGUGGCUGUGCUGGGUUAACCUUGUGGCCUCCUGGUCACACUACCGGCAGCCCCAUCUGCAGCAAUCCUCAUGCUAGCUCAGGGAUAUUGUGCAUGGCAUUUCUGCCAUGAUAUAUCUGCCAUGCCCACAGCUGCAUUCCAGCCCCUUCCCCAGGGCUAGACACCGGUGGGAUGCCCCUGCAGAUGCAUCCGCAUCCUUGACCUUAGCUGAAGGCCUUUCCCAGGUGUUUCGUUCUCUUGUGUCAUUAGACAUCAAGUGUCCUCUUUGUGGUCUUUAUUCCCGGGAGGGUGCUGGGAAACAGCAGGGGUAUCAAUUUUCUCCCACAGGUCCUUUUAGGUCUUCGGAAUCUGUGGCUAGUGUGCUGGACUACCUACUUCUACUGCAAGGUUUUCAAGCAUGUGUUCCUACUUGGACAUGGACUGGAUCCAAUACCACAGACGGGGGUUUGCGUGGUUUCCUCUGCCACCAGUCACUCAUCAGAUGGCUGCCGCAUCCACCGCUGGAAUUACAGCUCCCACUGCUAACAAGUGGUGUCCGAAGGAGUGACCCAGCGUGUACAGUGGAUUUUGUGCAGGGCGACGGGGAUACAAUCCACGGCUGCUUAGCCUCCCCUGAUCUCCCAGGAUGGCGGGGAUACUAUCCAUGGCCCCAGGCCUCCCCAUGCGACAAUAUGGCAGCAGCGCCUCUGGGUGUUCUCUAUUGGUAAGCCAGACUGUCUGCUCAGUUUCUGCCGCUACCGGUCUCCCAUCAUGGGGCUGCCGUAUGAUUGGCUGGAGUUUCGGUACCCCUCUUCUAAUGUGAGGAGUCCAGAAGGGUGUCAUUAUAGGUACAAUGGGACCCUGUGCCAGUAAGCUGGACAGUGGUCUUCAUGGUCUCCUACACCUCUAGGUCGCCCUUCAGGAGUUACGGUCCCUCUGCUAUGGCGCGGUGUCUGAAGAAGUGACCCUAAGUGUCCUAUCGACACUUUUCAGAGUGACAGGGAUGCAAUCCAGGGCUCCUCAACCUCCCCUGAUCUUCCAGGGUGACAGGGAUUCUAUCCACUGGGAUGCCACGUGCUUGGCGGUGUUUUCCUGUACCUUUCUGCGUGGGAGGACUCUGGACGAGGGUUCUUGCAAGUGCACAGGGAUGAUGCCAGUCAGCCAGACUUCGUCUGCAUGGUCUCCGGCACCACCAGGUCGCCCAUUGGAUCAGCCGCACUUCGGUACCCCACUUUCUGGGUUCGAAGGAGUGAUCCAAUGCGUUCAGGAAUCCGGUCAGCCAUGAUUUACUGCUAAGUCGGGUCAACUACCAUACACUUCCCACUCCGUGGACGGAUGUUCAGGCAUCCCACUGCCGAGAUGUAGUUCUGAGUGAGUCAACCCAUGUUCCUCCAUGUGCCCUAUGCAAUGCACCACAUACUGGUUUGCAGGGUUUGCUAUUUUACCAGGUCCCUCUCUGCAUGUCUGCCAUUCUCACGGCUGAAGGCUUGUAACUAGAGAUGAGCGAAGUUACAGUGAUUUGAUUAGUCCCGAACUUCUCGGCACGGCGGUUGCUGACUUUAGCCUGCAUAAAUUAGUUCAGCUUUCAGAUGCUCCGGUGGGCUGAAAAAGGUGGAUACAGUCCUAGGAAAGAGUCUCCAGCCACCGGAGCACCUGAAAGCUGAACUAAUUUAUGCAUGCUAAA